GAUGCUGGCUACGGCGUCAUUGUUGACGACGAUGAGCUGCCGGCGAUGCAUCGUGUCGGGCCGCACCAGCGAUUUAUGGUGCUGGAGGUCAUCGGCUCGGGCUCGUUCUCCACCGUCUACCGCGGCUUUGACACCGUGACGAAAGACGAGGUGGCCAUCAAGAUGGUCAGCGGAUGAGAUCAGAGAUGCGCCGUCGGCUGCCGCAGACCUCGGUCUUUGUUUGUUUACAGGAGCCGAAGAGCAUCAAGAUCCCUCUCCUUGCGCACGAGAGUAGGGUUUAUCGCAACCUCGCCACAUCCGACGGUCAGCCCAACAGCCAGCCAACAAAAGCCGCCGCCACCAUCUCCCCUCCCUCUCUCCUUAUCUGUAUCUCUGUGUGCUGUCUUUCUCGCGUCUGUCUGUCUGCAGCGCCGAUAGCAGCGGUGCCGCGUGUGUACUGGUAUGGCGAGGAGGGCGAGUACAGCGUGCUGGUGCUGGAGCGGCUGGGCCCCUCCCUCGACCACCUGCUGAUGCACCUGACCAUGCGGCAGGGGCGGCAGGCCAUGUCCCUCAAGACCGUCCUCAUGAUUGCUGACCAAGUGGUAUGAAUGGGAGCCACUAACACAUUCCAAUGGACGGAUGGAUGGAUGCGUGUGUAUGGCCUCUCUUGCCUCAUCAGUUGGAAGCUCUGAGGUGUGUGCAUCGCAACGGCUACGUGUACCGCGACAUCAAGCCCGAAAACUGCCUCAUCGGGAUGCGCGGCCAGGCUCACGUAGGGACCAACCGCCACCCCAUUGCGCAUCAUUCAGCUGAUAUGCCAUGGCAUGGCAUGAUUGGCCUCCCUCUUGCCCUUUGUCUGUCGGUUGCAGCGUGUGUAUAUUGUGGACUACGGCCUGGCGAAGCGCUACGUCGAUGUGUGUCGUAUGGGGCAGCAUGUGCCGAUGAGGGAGGGCAAGAAGCUGGUGGGGACGGCCAUCUUCGCCAGCCUCAACAACCACAUGGGCAGGGAGUGCAGCAGACGGUCGGGGGCUUAUACACACACACAUACACACACACACAGAGGGAUGGGAGAUGGGGGGUGUGAGGCAUGCGUGUGUGUGGAUGUUUGUGUGCAGUGACGACGUGGAGUCGCUAGGCUUCAUGCUGACGUACCUGGCGAUGGGCAAGCUGCCAUGUGAGGAGGACAAGAAGCCCAAAGGAUGCAUGUGUCUGUGUGUGAGUGUGUGAGUGUGUUAUAAAUGUGUGUGGUGUGGUGUGCAGGGAUGGACGUAGCCGUAGAUGACCGACUAGAGCUGUACGACGCCAUCAAGAGGGGCAAGAUAGAGUGCGGCAUCACACAUCUCUGCGCGUCGCUGCCAGGUACACCCACACAUAAGCCACGCAGACGGCAUUAGUGUGUGGCUUUCUCCCUCCCUCCCUCUGUCUGUCUGUCUACACACACACUACAGAUGAGUUUGCGGCCUGGUUCCACCACUGCCGCGCGCUGAGCUUCGCGCAGCAGCCCGACUACGCCUACCUCAAACAGCUCAUACUCAGGUGCUUCAUCAGGUCAGUCAACUGAUCAGAGACAAGAAAGACCAAGUGACAGACACACAACACACACUCGAAUGGCACUCGCUCUUGGGUUCUUCCUCCUGUUUUUUUUCAGGCAUCAGCUGCACUUUGACCGCCUAUACGACUGGAGCAGAGCACUGGUACGCAGCCAGUGGCCUCCUCGCCGUGAAUCAAAGCAAUGCAUGUCUGUCUGUCUGUCUUUUGUCAUCAGUCGCCCCAGCAGCGCCCCUUCUCCAUGUCUCUGUGCGACGUAGAGCACCGGGGAUUUGACUGGACCACACCCCCACCACCCACACCAGCAGCAGCAGCAGCAUCCGCCUCAUCCCCACACACCACAACAGCGACAGAGGACACGAACAACCAGCCGCACAAACGCCCCCGCCCCCUGCCGGCCCCUCCGUCCCAGAUCCUGCCGACCACCCCGUCACCUCAGGCAGCCGUAGCGAUGGACGGAGGGGAGAGCCCACCAGACUGUGGGUGGGGCGGCGGGUUGACAUGGGGGUGACGGGGACAAAUCGUGGCCUCUCUCUCUCUCUCUCUGUGUGUGUGUGUGUGUGUGUGUAGCUGCUGCCUCAUGGAUGGAUGGAUGGAUGUGCACGUGUGCGUGGUAGUCGGUGGUCUGAUGCUUGUAAAGAGGGAGACUCGCGUGGUGUGU